AUGGCGCCCAUACAACGCCAGGAUAAGGGGCCCGUCCCGACGUACGAGGAAGGCAGUGAUCUAUUUACUGUGGAGUUCAUAUUUGGAGGAUUUUUCCUUGGCGGUGGAAGCAGCAGGGCAUAUCUGAAUGGCCGCAAGGUGUGCUAUGAUUUUUGUGAUGCUACUCAAGCUUCUAUGCCAAUGUUGUAUGAAUUAGUAGAGCACUUGGGGUAUGAGACGGCUGGAAGAAUUGCUAUUUACUUGUUGCUGCCAGGUAUGCAAUUGAAUGAAGGUGGGCUGAAGUUGUUGUCGAGGAACAAUGACACAAACAUUAUUAGGAAAGUGGUCAGAGAGGGGUACAAAUAUCUCAUGUUUUACCUAGAUCAUGAGGACAACUAUGGUGGAGGAGGAUGGGAUGAUGCAGUUUCAAACCCUUUUACUCGUCAGAGAGAGGAAAAUAUCGUUGAGCCUAGCUUUGUUGUCCCAGAGGAGAAUAGAAGUGAGGUAAUGUAUAUAGGUGAUAGCACUUGUGAAGGAACAAGUAGUGGCAGUAGAAGAAGCAGAAGAGCAGUCGUAGAGGAGGAAGAUGACGAAGGCUCUUGGUCAGAUAGUGAUGACUCUGAUUAUAAUCCGGAAGAGCUUGUGGACAGUGACUAUGACCUGCAGGAUGGGGAUGAGGAUUUGGUGAUGGAUGAGUCACAUGUUGCUGAUGAUGAGAAGAAGGGUAAAAGGAAAGGGAAGCAGGUAGCUGAAGAUGACAAUUCUGAAGAUGAAAAGCUUGAAAUGCCAGAGUCAGAUGACGAGGAAAUGAAGUUCAAGUUCAAUCAUUUCACAGAAGAAGAUUUGCAUGAGCCGAAGUUUCAUGUUGGGCAGGGAUUAAUUAAGGCUGUUAGAGAAUUAUUUCCUGAUUCAGAGCAUAGAUAUUGUGAGCAAAACUUGCAAACUAGGGAGUUGGCACAACAUGAUCCACUUAAUAAUGAGGAUAGUGUCAUUUCUUCAUUGAUCGAAGAGCAUCAAGCAAGCCAGAACAUGGAGCAACCUGAACCAGGACCUCUGCCAGGAUCUUCUUUUAUUGCAAAUCAUGUCCAAAGCCAACCCCCUGUGCAACCAACUACCAUAACAAAAGAGGGGAAUGUUAUUAGAAAGAGGGAAGUUCUAGCAUUAGCUAAACUAAGGGCAGCAGCUGAGAAGAGAGAAAUUGUAGACCAGGCAAAAUUUGAUGCAGCAAUGGCAAAACUUAGAGAAGAAGAGUUGAAGAUUUUGCAAGCUGAGCAGAAGAGGAAAGAGGAAGCGGUGGCAAAAAAGCUGGAGAAAGAGGAGAAACGGAAAGCUUUGUUGCAACAAAAACAAUUGGAUGCUGAAGAAAAAAGAAAAGCAGCCGAGGAAAGAAAGCAAAAGGCACAACAGGAAAAAGAAGCAAAAAAAGCCCUGGCAGAUGCCAAAAAGCAAGCUAUACAAGCUAAAAAGAAACAGGCCGAGGAAGAAAAAAAUAAGAGAGUUGCAGAGAGAAAAAGAAUUGCAGAGCAGAAGAGAAAACAUGUUGAAGAUGCGCAUAGAUAUGAAGAAGCGCAAUUUCUGAUAAUGCAAGAAGAGGAGCAUGAAAGGAUACAACGUAUGAGAGAAUAUCAUCGGCGAGAGGAGGAAGCAAGGAAGCAAGCCUGGGAGGGGCAGGUUGCGUCGCAGAGGUCUUCAGAGAUGCAAGGUUGGGAAGAGAAAAAUAAAGAAGCAGAACAAAUGAGGAUGAGAAGUGAGAAUGAAAGGCAAGGAAAUGAGAGCAUUACGGGCCAGCAAAAUAAUGCCAAAAGAGGAAAUUCAAGUCAGUCCAUGGGUGGUUUUAACAUGCCAAGAAGGACAAGCAUGUUCGAUAUAUUUAGGGACUGAGAGAUCAUUGCAUAUGAACUACUGGGAGAUGUUCUUCGCGAACCUGCUGGACUAUGCUAUGUAGGUUUUAUUUUAGUUCAUGCACAUGUUAAUUACAUGGUAUGUUCAUGAAUAGUGAAUUUGUUUAUCUGCUUUAUAAACUCCCUUUGAACUGCUCUAUGUUGUCAUAUAUGAGCU